AUGCCUCCCAAACGAAAGCGCUCUGGCGACGAUGACAAUGAAGUUGAAGACGAUACAGAAAAGCGCUACGCCUAUUUGAAGCCACAAGUUCGUCGCGUUCCGGAAAAGACGAUCAAAUCGAAAUGGACAACCCUUCCAGAACCAGUCCAGGAUAAGGUCCGGGAGCUGUUCCAUGCGCUCGAGCGUCCGGUUAUUAUGCGUCAGUCCAAUGAGCGCAAACGGAUUGAGGCGCAGAGCGCAGUUCAAGCGGUAGUUCGAAAGCAUGUUCAACCUCUCAUUGCCAGCCUUCUCGGAAAGCGACUGCCACGAAUGCCCUUCCCACCUAUUACCAAUGACUCGAACUUUGACUACGAAUCUGCGCUCGAUGAACACAGGGCCCUUGAGGCAAGCUUGGCUACAAUGAAGGAUAGUACAGAUCUACUGAAAGCUGAAAUCGCGAAAGAAGAAGCCCUCCUUGCAAAUGACAAGAAGGAGCUCCAAGCAAUGGACAAGAACGCCAAGCGAGCGGAGGCCGAGCGAAAGAGGCUGAUGAAGAAUACUAGGAUCAAUCUCGCUGACAUAGAUGGCUUCAAGGAACACCCUGUUCUCCGGCAGCUGGACGAGCUCCCCCAAGACUCUGGGUCUUCUGGAUUUACACUAGUUGAUACUAAACCCAAUCAGGCGACACUGGAUGAGCUCCAUACCGACCCCGAAAUACAGCAACUGAUGAAGCAACUGCAUGGUCAUCUCCAAUCCAUGCAGACUAAUACUGCCCCGCUUACCGGUCUGAGGGAUGCGAUUACUCGGUCGCAAGCUGCGCUGGACAUUUUUGCAGCCUCCAACGACUGA